AUGUCGAGCGAUACAAUGUAUCUCAACAGCUCAAGGAGACUGCCCACAGCUGGUAAAAACAAAACGAGCCAACUACAGAAACCUGAGAGGAAAAGUACGAAAAACCACCGCAAAAACAAGACUCGCCAAGAGGGCAAUGUGGUCGACGAAAGCGUGCCUCUUUCUCAGCCACAGGCGCUACCAAACGGAGAAAAGCCCAAUUUCGGCAGUUCCAGUAAGAAAGAACGAAAAUCCAACAAUCAACGUCCAGACAACUCGUAUUCUGGCAGUCCACGAAACAAAGCGGCAACAAAUCCAUGCUCGACAACAGCACAUGCUGUGGAACUCACAGCUACACAAGCUGGUAGGAAAACUGCCGAACUUUUAGCGAAAAAUCUAAAAGAUGUCGUGCUCGUUGAAAGUGAUAAAGGUGGCUUAACGAGCAUCCCCCGCAUGGAUCAGCGCACAAAUCGUCAAAUGACGCCUCAAACCUUACCAAAUGCCUCUCCAAAGCAGUCUCCGCUACCACUGCCAGUCAAGGACCACGAAAUGACCGUUCAUUCUCCUUUGCCGCUCUUACAGCCCGGACUUCAUCUCAAUCAAAACCAACAUCCACAAUUUCAGCAGAUUCGUCCAAAUCAGAACAUUCCGCAUUAUCAGAACCAUUCUUUACAGCCUCCACCUAUGAAUCCACAGAUGUACCAACACCAGAACCGGUUUCCACCGAUUAUUCCUAUGGGCAUGCAGCAUCCAGGUCCCAACUACUCUCUUUCCUCAGGAGCGCCGCCAUACUUUAACUCUAUGCACGCGCCUUUCAUGACCCCGAACGCGCCACAAACAGCUGGUUUCUACGGGAUUCCGCCACCAGCUCCUCCUCCACUGAGUGCAUUACCGGGUCAGUUUUCCCACAUGAACCCAAUGUUCAACUCGAACCAACCAAUGGGCAGUGUUGCUGCUAUUCCAUCUUCCGAUUCAAAUGGCAGUGAGAUAUCUGGACCUGUAACUCUUCUGUCUAGAGAGCCCAGAGCUUCAAGCUCGAGUUCAAUGACAAGUGAAAAUACUGACAACCGUGCCGAACCUAGAACUGAAAAGAAGCAUUCCAAGAAAUCUCGAGGAGCUGCUAAGCUUCCACGUGGCGGUUAUGCGGGCGCCUCGUUUGCCACAAAUGUGCCUGCGGUAACAAACCUCCCUAAACCAAGCUUUACAUGA